AUGGCACCUGACAAGAGAACUUCAAAGCGCAAGGCUGCGCCUGUGGCCGCCGACUCGCCCGCGAAAAAGACAAAAAAAGUUGAGACCAAGCCUGCGGAAGAACCCAAGGAGCCCGCUCCUAAGUCUAUCUUGAAGAAGAAGAGCGCCAGUGCCGCAAAGCCCAAGACAGAGAAGACCGCUGCACCAGCAAAGACCAAUGGUGAGCCUACUCGCCAGGCUAAGCCUCGCAAGCGCGCUGCCGAUUUCCUCACCGACGAAGAGGCUGAAGAGCCUGCCGCGCCUUUGAAGGCCAGCAAGAAGACUGAGAAGAAGCCCGCUGCCAAGAAGUCAAAGAAGGAGGAGACUGAAGCCGUCCCCACUCCCAAGAAGGCUGCCGCGAAGAAGGCCGCUCCCAAGGCUAAGAAGCCGGAGCCCGUCGUCGAGUCUGAAGAUGAAGACAUGGAGGAGGAUAUCUCCGCUGGUGAGGAAAGCGAGGCUGAGAACGAGGGUGAUGAUGACCAGACUGAGGCCCUCAUCAAGGGCUUCGAGAGCAGUGGUGAUGAGGACGAGUCUGAUGGUGAGGGCUACAAAGAGGGCGAACCUAUUCCCAAGGUCCCAGAUACCAAGAAGGCCGAGCGCAAACUUGCCAAGCAACUCAAGAAGAACGGUCCUCCUGAGGAGCCCGGUACCGUGUACAUUGGACGCAUUCCCCACGGUUUCUACGAGCAUCAGAUGAAGGCCUACUUCUCCCAAUUCGGCGACAUCACCAAACUCCGUCUCUCACGCAACCGUCUGACUGGCCGCUCCAAGCACUACGCUUUCAUUGAAUUCUCCUCCGAAACCGUUGCGAAGAUCGUCGCCUCCACAAUGGACAACUACCUCAUGUACGGCCACAUCGUGAAGUGCAAGUUCGUCCCGAAAGAGCAGCUGCACCCAGAGGUCUGGAAGGGCGCCAACCGCCGCUUCAAGGUUACGCCGUGGAACCGAAUUGAGAAAAAGCGCCUCGAGAAGGGCAAGACCCGUGAGCAGUGGUCGAAGAGCAUUGAGGCCGAGCAGAAGAAGCGCCAGGCCAAGGCUGAUAAGCUGAAGGCUCUGGGUUACGAAAUUGACCUGCCCCAGCUGAAGAGCGUUGACGAUGUCCCUGUCCAGGAGACACCCAAGGCCAUCGAGGCCACUGAGACCACCGAGACCAUUGAGGCGGCCACCGAAGAGCCCGUCAAGGCUAUUGAGACUCCUGCUCCCACUGAUGAUACCCCCAAGAAGGCCAAGAAGGGCAAGAAGACAGAGACGCCCAAAGAGGUUGCCGCAGAGUCUCCGGCUGCCAAGUCUCCUGCUACCAAGACGAAGUCCAAGGCUACUAAGAAGACCAAGUCCAAGGCGUAA